AUGAAGACAUUCAAGAGAAAUAAUAAUGUUUUUGUGUCACGUUGUACUCUUAUCUUGUUACUUCCUUUUUGCAGGUUAAUUUAUCUUUCCCCUAAAUUACAUUAAGUUAUAAAUUACAUUAUAUUUUCCUUAUAUUUUAAAUGACAAUAUGUUUGCAGGAUUUCAAGUGUAUGCCAUAGGCUAUGACUACUAUUUCACUUCAAAGGCAAGAUUUAUAAGAAAUAUUUAUAUGUAUUUCCCUGUAUAUAAAAGUCCUUUUUCUAAAAUAUGUUUUGGAUUGAUGUUUUAUUUUAUUUUUUAUUUUUUAUUUUAUUAUUAUUAUUAUUAUUAUUAUUAUUUAUGUUUCUAUAGUGUUUGGAAAGCCCUCUAAAUCCACAAUAUAGUGGAGGAAUUGCUAUAAAUCCAGAACUCAAUUAUGGAUUAAAUGGAUGGACAAAAUUUGGAAGUGCAAGAAUUGAGACAAGAACAUCAAAAGAAGGCAAUGUCUUCAUUGUUGCUUCUCAUAGAACACAACCAUUUGAUAGGUUUUCUCAAAGAUUUUAUGUUGAGAAAGACAAAAUGUACACUAUUUCAGACUAGAAAGAGUAAGGUGAAAUUACAGGCUGUUGAUUCUCGGAGCCAACCACUAGCAAAUGCUACAAUCUCUAUCAAACAGAUAAAUUCUGCAUUUUCAAUUGGCAAUGCUAUAAGCCCUCACAUAUUAACCAAUGUAGGCUAUCAAGAAUGGUACAAUUCCAGUUUCAAGCUAACAGUUUUCGAAAACGAAAUGAAGUGGUGGUUUACUGAGCCAAUUCAGGGCAAAGUAGACUACCAUUUGGCCGAUGGCAUGCUUCAAUAUGUCAAGAAUUAUAGCAUGUUAGUCCGCGGACACAACAUAGUUUGGGAAAAUAAAGAUCAGUUACCAUCUUGGGCGAAAACGUUGUCACCUCCCGUUUUAUCAGCUGCAGUUGAAAGGAGAUUUUACUCGUUAGUGCCAAGAUAUCAAGGCCAAAUGAUGCAUUGGGAUGUUGACAAUGAAAACAUCCAUUUUUCAUAUUUGGAAAGUCAGUUAGGCGAAAACGCCACGGCUUAUUUUUACAAGAAGGCUCAUGAUAUGGAUAGCAAUGCUAUUUUGUUCUUGAAUGAGUAUGGUACUAUUGAAAAUCCUGAUGAUAUGGUUGCAAAUCCAGUAAAUUACUUAGCCAAGAUUCAGGAAAUUAGAUCAAUGGGGUAUAAUGGACCUCUUGGAAUUGGACUUCAAGGUCAUUUUGAUACUCCAAAUAUACCUUAUAUUAGAAGUGCACUUGAUAUUCUUGCAACUGCAGAUUUGCCUAUAUGGAUUACAGAAUUAGAUGUUUCAAGCAGACCCCUUCAGGCAGAGUAUUUGAAUGACAUAAUGUGGGAACUUCAUGCACAUCCAGCAGUAAGUGGAAUAAUAAUUUGGUCACCAUGGCAACCACAAGGAUGUUAUAAAAUGUGUUUAACUGAUAAUGAUUUCAAGAAUUUGCCAACUGGGGAUGUUGUGGACAAUUUUAUGAGGCAAUUAAGUCAUGAGGGCUUAAUUGGGACUACUAAUGAUAAUGGCUAUUUUGAGACUUCAUUAUAUCAUGGAGAUUAUGAAGUAAUAAUCAAACAUCCAACUACAAGAGAUCAGUCCUUUACUCAUAGUUUUAAUGUAGCAAAAAGCCAGAAAAGUAGUACCCUAGUGAAAUUAUCUGCUUAGGAAAUCAGUCCUUCUCUUAAUUCUAUUUGAUUAAUAAAAAUUUCGCUUCAUUUUCAAA